AUGGAGUCGCUGGAGCAGAGCAGUGGAGUCUGCAUUUUCUUCUUCUGUCAGACAGACAUCCACAUGCUCAAGCACUACGGCGUCAACUUCGUGGUGGCCGACGCGACGGCCAUCGAGCACAACUUCUUCGCCAAGAACAACCUCAGUGUGGACAUCAUGCCGCAGUACAUCAUGAUGGAGCUCGCUAUUUCUGUUCAAGUCUUGUUGUCAUUGAUGUUAGCAUUUAGUUUGUCUCAAGUCUUCUUCUUCCUCGAUCUGGUGCAGCAGCAACAAUUCAAGGCUCUAUUGGCCGGUCUUCAAUUCUUCAUGCUGCUGCUACUACUGCUACAUGAGGACCCUCUUCAAUUCUGCAUCCGUUGCGGCCGCCGCAGCUUCCACCUCCAGAAGAGCACCUGCUCCUCGUGCGGUUACCCGGCCGCCCGCAUCCGCAAGUUGAAUGGUGAUGUCUGUGGUCACGAGAAUGGUGAUGUAGUAGAUGGUGAAGUGCGAAUCCAUGUCUGA